AUGGAUGAUAUUCGAUCAACAGAGAAAGAUGCUCAGCUAAAUGGCUCCUCUGCAGAUGAGGGUUCUGGGAAGGCCAUGCCUCUUAGCGAUGGGGAAGUUGAGCAGUUCUAUGGCUCUUCUACUACCCAGGCCUACAGGCUCAAGUCUGAGUUGGUUGGGCAGUGUAUGGAAGAGAUUGGGAUGGGAAGGUUUCAGUGGAAGCUUUGGGUCGUAACUGGCUUUGGAUGGGUAGUUGACAAUGUUGGUUCUCAGGACUUCUUGGUUAUUUCAAGUGCUAAUGAUUACAUUCUAUCUCAGUUCGCAUCCCAAGGAAUCGGCAGUGUUCAGCCUCCAAUUCGGCAAGAAUUUUCCGGCAUCGUCCAAGUGAGCUAUAGUUCUGUUGCAUAUUAUGUCGGUCUUAUCCUGGGUGCAACAUUCUGGGGCACAUCCAGUGAUCUUAUCGGUCGGCGACCUGCUUUUAAUUUCACGCUGCUCAUUGCGGGAACAUUUCUUUGCGCUGCUGCGGGGUCCAUGAACUUCAUUGCAUUCAGUGGUCUUUGGGCCGUUAUUGGUACAGCUGCAGGGGGCAAUGUGCCUGUGGAUUGUAUGAUUUUCUUGGAAUUCGUCCCUGGAAGUCAUCAAUAUCUUCUUACAGCUCUUUCGGCCUGGUGGAAUAUGAGCCAGCUAGUGGUAUCAUUGAUAGCCUGGGUGUUCCUUGCUAAUUUUAGCUGCCCGACCGACGCAACCCCUGAGACAUGUCGCCGUCAAGACAAUAUGGGAUGGCGAUAUACACUUAUUGUGCUUGGCGGUCUGGCACUUUGCUUUACCUUCAUUCGCCUCUUCGUCUUCAAGCUCCCCGAAACCCCAAGAUACUUGCUAUCCCAAGGAAGAGACGAAGAAGCAGUGGAAGCAGUUAAUUACGUCGCCAGACAAAACGGAAAGCCUGAGCCUCUGACGAUUGGAAUGAUGCGCGAAAUCGAUGCCCGGCUAGGCAAUUUAUCUGAAAAUGGCGAUCAAGCGGCGAAACUAUCGAAAAAAGAGAUACUCGCAGAGACUAUGCAAGCCUUUAAAGGCGAACACUUCCGGGCACUCUUCGCAACUCGAAAACUUUCUCAGCAGACUCUCAUUAUCUGGGCAAUCUGGCUCACAGUUGGUAUUGCCUAUCCACUUUACUUCAAUUUCCUUCCCUCAUACCUCGCCACCAAGUUUACUCAGGACUCUUCCCUCAGUCUCACCUACCGCAACUAUUGUAUCGUCUCAGCUGUGGGGAUUGUGGGUCCGCUGUCCGCCGCUGUUGGUGUGAACACAAGGCUCGGUCGUCGAUGGAUGAUGGGAAUCUCGGCCGCAGUCACGGGUGUAUUUCUGUUCGCCUAUGUAGGUGUUAACACCCCUACCUCCAGCUUGGCCUUCUCCUGCGUCACCAGUCUACUAGCAAAUUUUGAGUAUGCUGUGAUUAGUGCUCCGAUCUAUGUGAGUGCCGCUCUUUGGGUGGCCGUCGGCGGAUUGAGUAUUGGUUUGCCUUUUGAAACGCAUGGACAUGGUGCGCUGUGA